GUGAUGUACAAAAUCCAGCCUCAAAUAUGUCGGUCAUCUUCGGUCUUUCCAGUCUUGUAUCUUUCUUGGUCAUUAUUACUUUGGUCCUCUCAAUCUGCGUAUGCUUGCUACGUCGAAAGAAUACAAAAUUGAAUCUAAAAAUAAAGGAAACAGACCGUUCGUGUAAGAAUUCCGUGUCGCCACCAGCACCAGCUGUAGAAGUCAAAUCCACUGUAAGAUUGCUCUCUCAUGCUAGCAAAGUCAUAUGUAUUGAUGAAAGUACUAUCAAGAAACCUGACAACAUUAUUAUACAAGAAAAUAAUACUGAACUCUACUUAGGACUUGCCACAAACUCUUCGAAUGAUUUAGAACCAAAAGAGUAUAUGGAGAGAGACCAAGCAGUACACAGUUGUGUUCUUGCUGACAUCCAUUGCUCAAGAGUUCCAGGUGAAAACGUUAUGAUUGACAUAGAUAAUGAAAGUACUGGUAGCGUAGAAAACAUCAUCUAUGUUUCCAGUGAUAAUUACUGGGCUCACCUAGAACCAAUAAGUUCGUCCGAUUACAUCAACGCUGGGGCUCAAAAUUUUAAGCCGCAUGAGCGUGUAAAUCCAAAACGAAGCAACAGCCUGCCGAAUUUUCAAACACAAAACAAAAAGAAUGUGGUAUAUGAGGAUUUUAAUCAUUAA